GGGGGAGUUAUUUGGAAGAUGGCGCCCGUUGUUACGAGGAAGUUUGGUGAGCGACCUCAGCGUUUGACAAGGGAAGCUAUGAGGAAUUACUUGAAGCACAAAGAUGAUCAAACAGUGCUCAUACUACAUGCAAAAGUUGCACAAAAGUCAUAUGGCAAUGAAAAAAGGUUUUUCUGCCCUCCACCGUGUGUCUACCUGAUGGGCAGCGGCUGGAAGAAGAAGUUAGAAAAUAUGGAGAAGGAGGGUUGUACAGAGCAGGAGGCCCAGCCAUGUGCAUUCAUUGGGAUAGGCAACAGUGAGCAGGAGAUGCAGCAACUCAAUUUGGAAGGGAAGCACUUCUGCACAGCUAAGACACUGUAUAUCAGUGACUCAGAUAAAAGGAAACACUUCAUGCUGACUGUGAAGAUGUUGUAUGGGAACAGCGCCAACAUAGGAGUCUUCCUCAGCAAGAGGAUCAAGGUCAUCUCCAAGCCAUCUAAGAAGAAACAGUCCUUGAAAAAUGCAGAUUUGUGCAUCGCUUCAGGGACUAAGGUGGCAUUGUUUAACCGUCUGCGUUCCCAGACGGUCAGCACCAGGUAUCUUCAUGUAGAGGGGGGGAACUUUCUUGCCAGCUCCCAACAGUGGGGAGCCUUCUACAUCCACCUCUUGGAUGAUGAGGAGUCCGAAGGAGAAGAGUUUGCUGUGAGAGAUGGCUAUAUUCACUAUGGCCAGACGGUCAAAUUGGUCUGUUCUGUUACUGGCAUGGCCCUGCCCAGACUGGUCAUUCGCAAAGUGGACAAGCAGGCUGCAUCAAUGGAUGCAGAUGACCCAGUGUCCCAGCUUCACAAGUGUGCCUUCUACCUGAAAGAUACAGACAGAAUGUAUCUCUGUCUCUCACAGGAGAGGAUCAUCCAGUUCCAGGCAACACAGUGCUCCAAAGAGUCUAACAAGGAGAUUGUUAACGAUGGCGCUUCCUGGACUAUCAUUAGCACUGACAAGGCGGAGUACACCUUUUAUGAGGGUAUGGGCCCCGUCCCCACACCGGUCACACCUGUCCCUGUGGUGGAGACUCUGCAGUUAAACGGUGGAGGAGAUGUGGCAAUGUUGGAGCUUACAGGACAGAACUUCACCCCUACCCUCCGAGUGUGGUUUGGAGAUGUAGAGGCUGAUACCAUGUACAGAUGUGGAGAGAGCGUCCUGUGUGUGGUGCCGGACAUUUCCGCCUUCAGGGAGGGCUGGCGUUGGGUGAGACAGCCGGUUCAGGUCCCGGUCACGCUGGUCCGCAAUGACGGAGUCAUCUACGCCACCGCUCUCACCUUCACCUACACCCCUGAACCAGGGCCCCGGCCCCACUGCAGUGCUGCUGGGGCCAUUCUGCGGACACAUAGCAUCUCUUCGUCGUCACCAGCAUCUUCAUCCUCACCAUCAUCCUCGUUGGGCGGGCUCGGGGAUGGCCACGGGGCUUACAACAGUAGUGACUCGGGCUUGUCCUCAGCGGCGUCAGCCAUGUCGGUGCUGUCAUAGUAAUACUUGCUCUCUUAUAGAUGUUUUUGUACGUGUGCAUUGAAUGACUGAGUGUGGAAAUGUGUGCAUGUACUUGUGAGCCAAAGAGGCUCAUGGACCUGUGAAGAAUUGCACACAGACUCGGAAACUCUUCAUCAAAGAGAAACUGUGAUCAUCAAAGCUAAAGGGAGUUGGAAAAAGAGAAUGCUUGGGAUAGCUGAAUACUCUCUGUAGCUCCCUCUCCUGGUUUGUUGUGGACAUGUCAAAAGACCUUGAUAUUCAAGAUCUUCACCUAAGAAGACGAAUCUGCCACGUUACUCUCACAACAACCUGAUUUGUACAAGAACCGUUUAGUUUUUUAUAUGCCUGUGGGUUUGGAAGCUAUUUUCACUACGCUCUCUUUUUACCAAGUUCAUGUUUUUACUGAAAAGCUUGUUGAUGGUUAUGUGCAAGGGGAAAAAAAAACAUAUAUAGAUAGUUUUUACGGACCAAGGAAUAUUAUAUUAUUUUAUUCAUAUUAUAUUUUAUAUGCUUUUGCCGAGGUACAUUUUGACAUUUUUUAUAUGAUACUGCAUAGUAAGUUCACUUUUGUUAACCAAAUUGAAUUUCUCAUGUUGUUGGCUCCUUAUUGAGUUUUCUAAGUUUUCUUUUAGGUCAUUGGCCCGAUCAGUCCCAAAACCUUCCCCAACUUUCAACGUUUUUAAUGAGUGUAGUGAUUGUGUGUGAUAAUUUGUGAUACACUAUCAAUGUAUUCAUGGAGACCAAGGCCUGUGUUUUCUAAUCAGUGUGCUGUUUUUGUAUCGGAGUGAUUUAACUCAAAUCUAAACAUAAUCAGUGGCUGUUUUACCAUGGCUACGUGCACAGCAGGGUAUCUUAUUACACAGUGGUGAAGCUGAAUUGCAGUACUCUUAUACGUUUAUGUAAAUUACUACUAUGUCAAGGAACAAAGAAGGAAAGUUAGAACUAAUAUCUGUCUAAUCAUGUUAAAGAAUUCAUUCUGUGCACGUCAGCCAUUUUGUUUAUGGGGGGGCCUUAAAUUUCCUUUUUAAUGUGUGCUUAUUAGUUGGAAGAAUAGCUUUAACAUUGUCGCCUUGUAGCUCGUAUCGCUGUCCUCACAGUCCACCUAAACUCAGCAAUGUCACGUUGGGAUUGAGCCUUGUUGAAUCUGGUUUUGUCAAAUAUUGCAUCGGGACUGCAAAUGCAGUAGUCAAACUCAUUUUAAUGCAAUCAGCUGUGGUUGUGCUUUGGGUUUUAUGCGAUGACGUGAUGACUUGUAUAGAUUCAAACUCCUCGUUUGUUCUGCCUCUCUCUACCUACCUUGUUCAGCAGGUUGAACAUAAUAAUGUAACUUUGAACUGACUUACUAAACUAGUCAGUUGCCUUAAAAACCUACCCUGGAAAUCCAGAGUUCUCGCAAGAGCACAAUUUGAAUUUGCUCAGCGAGUCACUCUGGCAUUCAGUAAUGACGCUCAUUAUCUAUGCCCUUGUAACCGAGCUGCACCAAUCACAUCGGUGUAAAUGAUAUAGGCGGACCAGAGGCGAGCUAAACAGUUGACGACAUGCUGCGAUGUCGAAAGUCAUUUAGUAAACAUUGCCAGAUGGUUACGGAUGAACACCAGUUGUUUGAAAAGAAUUUGGCCGCUACAAUGAACGAGUUCGACUUGGCUUUUUCUCUAAAAGAGGAACAGAAGACGGCGCUCAAAUCGUUCCUUUGCAAGAAGACGGAUACGGCAAGAGUUUAAUCUACCAUUUAGCUCCGCUGCUAGCUAAGCGUAUGGGGCUCUGGGUACAUCACCCCAUGUAUUGUUGUGAUUGGUCGUAGUGUUAUCCAAUUGCGUGCAGUGAGAUUUUCAAAUUCAUGCUUGGUGCCGCCACUCGAGUUGGGCCAUUUUCAUUUAUCAUUGCCAGACCCUUAAUCUUUCGGAUUUGGGUCUGGAUUUCCAGGCUAUUAAAAACCACUACCCACAGUAUUUGUGUUGCUUAAAAUACCUUACAAAUGACCAUCACGCUUUUUGUAUCAUAUUGUAUAUCAUGUUCAAAAAUUGAGUUUCAAGUAAAUGUGGUAGGUUGGCCAGCUUACUUCCUGUUUUCAUGACAAUUAUGUGAAUCACUUAAUUUCUUGCAUAUGUGUUUUCAGCAUGCCUGCAAAAAAGUUUAUGGUUGUGUAGCUUAGUAUUUCCACCAUAACAAUCCAGAGACACCUCUUUGUGGCACCAUCGAUUCCCAUCAAAACAACAUUCUCCAUCAUUUUCUUUUCGUUCUCUCUGUAUACAAUAGUCAGAUUGCUAGAUUAUCUGAUUCAGGGUUUUAUACCAAUUUAGUUUCUGCAGCUUGCUAAAGGAGUAUUUCAACAACAUUGGAAGUUGUCUGGUUCUGCAGAUGUGUAGGGAUGUGGCAUUCAUCAAAUCUGCGCUCGUUCAAAAUGAUUGAAAUGUUUACCACUGCACUGCCCAGACAUGAUACUUAAUCUACCCUUUUAGUUUCUUCUUUGUGUCUGUGUGUGUUCAGUCAAGGCACCAUGUACUACACAAUAUCUACAAGGCCAGAUGUGAUGUUAGUUAGUACAGUCAUAAAGUCAACUGUGAGCUAACUGCAACAUGAGGAUUUCCAUGGCUCUUGUGUUUAUGGAACAGGUUUGUUUACUUUCAUAUCACUCCUUUUUUCAAUGGUCUUUCCCUAUAUGAUGACAUACCUUCAUCUUUUCAGUCUGGUGUAUUACUCUUUCAAUAUUAAAUCAAUCUGCCAAGGUUAUCCAGUAAAAGGUCAUGAAUAAAAACAAGCUCAAGCUGAAUGGCACUCAUAUAA